AUGCAGCUCCAAGCCAUCCUCGUUGUCUCCACCUUCGCCGUCCUCAGCACCGCGCAGGGUACCGACGCCAGCAGCACCUCGCAGAGCGCUGACUCCAGCAGCACCUCGCCGGGAGUCCUGCCCAGCAACUUCCCCUCAGUCUGCGGCUCGGAAUGCCAGGACUUCAUCCAGCUCUCGACUACGUGCGGCCAGCAGAACAACAACGACGACAACGCGCAACGCCAGUGCAUCUGCAACGGCGUCAAUGCGCAGUCUCAGGCCACCAGCUGCGCUGCAUGUGCCAAGGUGAAUGGACAGAAUGACAACAACAGCGACCUCGCCAAUAUCAUGAAUGCCUGCGGCUGGAACUACGCCGGCGUCGCCGUCCCCUCGGGCUCGGCUUCGAGCAUCACCUCUAGUGGCAGCGGGAGCUUAUUCUCGAGCAGCAGCGGGAUGCUCUCCACUACCGCUUCCGGAACUGGAGGAGGAGUAGUUACGAGCACUGGCACGGGGGGUGCAGGAGGUGUAGGAGGUGUGGGAAACACGGGAGGUGCUGGUAACACGGGCGGAGGCUCGAGUCCAACUGUUGUUCAGGGGGUGGCGCCCGCUAUGACCGCGGCCUUCGGCGGAGUUGUUGCGGGUUUGGCGGCCGUGCUGCCGGCUCUGAUGUAA